GCGCGCAUGAUGGCGACCGCUAGUAGUAGUGAAACGGCUGAUCCAUUCCUGGAGCUCUGUGCUCUUCCCUACGAGCAGUCAGAGAAGAGAGACACCUGCCAGAGGUGUAGGCGACCGAGUGUAGUGUGUGUCUGUAGCUGUUUCCCCGAGUCUCCAGUCUCUAUUGAGACACGAGUCGUCAUCCUGCAGCAUCCAAACGAGGAAGGACGCUGCCUGGCAACAGUGCCUCUUCUAGUGGAGUGUGUAUCACGUGACAAGGUCCACGUCAUACGUGGCAAGAGAUUUGGAGAUAGUAGAAGGCACCCUGUACUUCACAAGGCACUGACCUCUCCAAACAGUUACAUACUCUAUCCAGGAAGGAAUGCCAUAGACCUUCAUUCGCUACAUCGUGAUCCAAUUGGUUGCAACAGCAGCAAUGAUGGAGCUGCUCUGAUAGUACUGGAUGGUACCUGGGCUCAGGCUAAGGCCUUGUACACUCAGAACCCUACACUACACAACAUACAACAGGUAACCGCUUCUCUGCAAUGGUACCUGCAGUCCUACUUUGACUUGUCAUUCCAAUACUUAGUGGGAUCUCUCUAUAGGGACACCCCUGAAAUAAUGAAACUUCUAUAAAGGGCACGACUUUCUUCCCCCAAAGAACAGUUUCUUGACCCCCGAGUAGUUGGUACAGAUCAAUCCAUUCCUCAGGUGAAGCUGGACGUGGAGGCAGUGCAGUGAGUACGUGAUAAGAACUCAGCCCAGUCGGAACAGUCUCUCGACCCUCGAAUCCAUAGCCCACUCUCUUGCCUGGCUGGAGAACAAUACCGACAUUGUCGAAGUGUUACUGAGACCACUGAGGUGUCUAUGUCGGCACCAACUGGACCACGGAGCUGUCACCCACCACAGUAAAGAGGACCCCGACUACCUACCUCGAGAGGUCCGUGCCAGAAUAAAGAAGGAGCAGAAAUUACAAGCAUUGACUGGCACACAAGACAAACGUGGAUUGACUUGACAUUCACACAGUCUUUUUUAAAUACCUCGUUAUUUUUUAAAGUGUAUACAAUAUAUAGUAGUGAAAGGUCUGAAGGUGCAGUAAUAACAGUUUGGUUGAAAGAAGAAAAUUAGAACUGUCAGACAGAGUACGGAGUAUCCCUACUUUCUCCCUCUGAGUAAAGAAAAACAUACCAACAUCAACAUUUGUUCAUCACUCACGUCCACAAGGAGACUACUUUAUACAACUGAUGCUUGCCUUUCUGUAGGUCCCACCCACAACAAAUUUUAGUUCGCAUCCCUCAACAUUUUCCCACUAUGAAUCACCGUACCGUCUGUAUCUGCCGGAGGGCGGG